AUGAUCGAAUUAAAUAAUUUGUUGGAUGAGAGAGCCUUUGGUCAUGAUUUGGAAUCCCUACAAGCAGCAAAUGAAUACCUCGAACGAUUACUCUUCGCGACGGCCAGAAAACACAAUCAAGUAUGGGAAGAAUUAGAAUCAAUGAAGGACUCUUCCGGGCUUUACGACAAACCAUUACCAUUUCUCUCGUUCCCUCGGGAAGUCCGCGAUCAAAUAUAUACAUAUGCUCUUCAAGCACCCCGCGAAGCAUUCGUCGGAGUUCGACACAUUAGGAUGCUCUCCUGCGAUACAUUUCCCGAUUCAACACAUUAUCCUUUUAAGCCUCCUACGCCCGGUUUACUUCUGGCCAGUAAACAAAUAUACGAGGAAGCAGUGCAAGUGUUAUACUCGUGCAACAAUUUCUCCUUUCACAAACCAAGGGAACUUUUCGAUUUUCAGAGUCAGGUCGGCGUGUACAAUUGUGCUCUGGUACGACAAAUGAAGAUAUCGGUUGUGUUCGAAGACGAAUCUACGCAAAUCCCAUCAGAAUAUGUAGCACCUUGUGAUUACGAGAAUAUACCAUCACAUUGGGCGAAAGCGUUGAUGGAAUCCAGGCUUAUGAAUAAUAUUGUUGGAAUGCAGAUUGAUGCGAAUUCGGGAUCACAUGAAAUGCGUUUAAUGACUAUGCCUCCAGCAUUAUAUCGCGCGAUUCUCGCCACUUUUUUCCGAAAUCGAAAUGCAAAAACGGCCCCGGAAUUAAUUUUAAAAGGAUUCCAAACACAAGAAGUUGAUAAAUUUCCUAUGACUUGGAAAAAGUCUACGGAGCAAUGGUUGGAAGUGGAAUGGGCGGCCGAUGAUCAAGAAGUGGAUGAAUCCGAACCAUUUUGGAAUUCAUCUGAGGUCGAUCCUGCUGAUACGCAUAGUUCAUGGGAAGAUAGAGAAGCAUCUGCUGAUGAAGAUGGUGAAUCUUUAGAUGAGAAUUCAUCGUCUUUAGGAAAUUCCAGUACAGGAAAAGGAAAUGUACCAACAUUAUUUAAUGAAUUGGGGGAAUUGAUGGGAUCGGAUUAUACGGAGUCAGACGCGGAAUCUGAUGUGGGCUCCGAAGAUUCAUUUUAUACCGCGGCACCGUGGAAUGAUGUCAAAGAAGUAUUAUUGCAAUUUAGAAGCUUCCAAGAAGCUGGUCAACGACAACAAGGAGGUCUGUUAGGUAUUUGA